UAUGCGAUUGCACUCGUGAGGAGUAUCUGAACCUGGCGCUGGCUCUCUGCUGGUGGUGUAUUUCCUUAUUAUGAUGCUGUAGUCAGCUAACAUCCAGUAGCUAACUAACUAGGUGCAGCAUGAAACCCACGAUAAUGAGGCAGUGUGUUCUCCGUGGACCGAGUGGAUCAUGUCUCUGAUCCUGUUCGCCUUCGUGGUUCGAGUGAGGGAUGGACUCCCUCUGUCGGCCUCCACAGACUUUGAACACAACCGAGAGCUCCAGGAGAGGAAGCAGCAGCUCAGGACCAUCAGCAAGGCACUGGCCCGUUUCCCUGACAGAGGGACCAUCAAAGGCCAGGAGCUCAACAUAUACUUCGUCUCUUCAGAGGGUGUAUCCUACAUGACCGUGUGCCACUGCAGCCUCCCUGUUGCUAAGGCCUUCUGCUUCCUGGAAGAUCUGCGCUGGGAGUUCACAGCAUGCUUCAAUAGCACUGUUGUUGCCUUGGCAGCCAGACCGUAUCCAUUUUUGGAAUUUGACAGCACCAUCCAGAAGCUGAAGCAGCAGUACAACCAGAGUGGUGGUCCGGCCCUAGAGGUGACCCUGGCAGAGGUCCAGGGGGAUCUGAGGAUCCAUCCACCUCAAGUCAUUAACUUGGACGAAGUGGAGCUCACUAACGGCACUGCCAAUGGGCACAUGGAGCAAGGUCCUGGAACUGCAGGUCAGAGUGUAAGACUGGAACCAGUGACAGCGCCAGGCAUCCUCUCUCUGGUCCUAAAUAUCAUGUGUGCAUCUUUGAACAUAAUCCGCGGUGUUCACCUCAUAGAGAACACAUUCCAGGAUGAUUACGAAAGUGUUUGGAAUGUUGUGGCAUUUUUUCUGGCGUUUGUCUGCUGUGUGCUUCAGUGCCACCUCUACCUGUUCCACUCGUCCCUGAAGAAACCCAAGUCCUUCACUCUCCUGAGUGUGAUCGUCCUAUGCAACCUCUAUCUGCUCGGCCUGAGAAACGUGUGGCAGCUGAUCUUCCACAUGUCUGUCGCCUCCCUCUCCACUGUCCUCAUCCUCACCCGCAAACUGCAAGACAGAACCAAUGAUUGUGGGGUCUGAGGAGCAGAGGACAUUAGACAGCUCUUUCUGUCUCCAGUUUUCAGUGCAGGUGAGAACGACAGGGAAGCAAAUGGCUUGAUCCACAGGAGUUCUGAAGAACCUACUUGCACUUUGUGUACAUUUGCUUCAGAGACUGUAAAGAGAAUACAGUGACAUGCAGUUCUUUCUGGAACCUUUAACGUAUCUGCAAACAGAUACAAACAGAGAAGCUUAAACGUGACGUCUGUUGUAGAAGGAAAAUGUUUGUGCCAUUUGUUUCAAAGAGUUUUUGAAGAAAAUGGAGGAGUUUAUUCAGUCAGAGUUGCUGACCAAAGUUUUUCAUGUAGAGACAAAAAUUUCUGUCGAAGCUGGUCAUGCUCGCUCACGUUCAGCUCAGUAUUAUUUCUGCAACCACAGGCCGUUGAUUAUUUUUACAUGAUCAGUUUAAGUGACAGUUUGUGAUUGUAACAGACAUUAGAUUUAACUGCUCUUAGAUUAUUAGCAGACAUUUAGGUCUGUCUAUCCCACAUUGGUGGCGGUGUGAUACUUAAAUGAUGUAGUGCAGUUCGAUUUAGGAUCAGUGACAGUCAAGUAAAGCAGCAGCUAUAUUUAUUUGUUUUCUAUUAUUUGCUCAUUAGGCUGCAGUAAAAACCUAAAAGGUGUAAAUGUAAGCUGUGGAUUGUUUCAUGCCUUACUGUGUGACAAUGCAAUUCUUUUAGUUUGUUAAAUUGUGUUGACUUUUGUACCGAUACUCCGGCAAGUGCUCAGCUAGUCAUUGCAAAGGUUCAAAUGUAAGGGCUCCAUUAUUCAAUGACUUAAUGGAAACUACAUUCAAUACUGAGGGAAUAUUAGUCUUAUAUAAGUGUAAGGCAUGAUGUUAAGGCAUAUUAUCUUAAUAUUUUCAAUAUAGUUUGUCAUAACAGGAGACUUUCAUCAUAUCAGCUCCAUUUUUGUAUCAUCAAAACAAUUUCAGUUUGUCUGUUUUAUCCUUUUCUUCUGAUCUCUGCAUUGUCAAAACUGUGGGUAAGACUAUGAAAGCACUAAUUUGAUGGUAAAUUAUUAUUAAGAUUUGUUGGAGAAAAAUGUUUGACUGCACUAUUAGACUUAGAUUUUUUGUGUUGGUUAUGGUAAUUGUUCUUGAAUAUGUUGCAAAUUGGGCUCAGCUAUUUAUAUCCUGAUUUAAGUUUACUUGGUUCAUUUGUUUCGUCUCGCUUCAGGGUUUAUAACGCAGCUCCCUAUAUGUAGUUCUCAGAUUGUUAUAAACACAGAAAUCAUAUGGUUAUAAUCUAUGUUUAAAUAGAACAGUAGCGCUGCUAAAUAAAUAGGCAAAGUAUAAGUCUCCUAGGUAUUUUUUUUUUAACAUUUUUGUGUAUUUAGCUUCUUAGACAUUCGUUUUUUUAAAUAGCUAAACAGUUGCACAAAUGUCAGUUAAAGGGACAGUUCACCCCAGAAUCAAAAAUACAUAUGUUUCCUCUUACCUGUAGCUCUAUUUAUUAAUCUAGAUUGUUUUGGUGUGAGUUGCAGAGUGUUGCAGAUAUCAGCUGUAGAGCUGUAGAGGUAUCUCCAACACUCAGCAACUCACACCAAAAUAAUCUCGAAUGAUAAACAGCACUACAGGUAAGAGGAAAAAUAUGCAUUUUUGAUUUUGGGGUGAACUGUCCCUUUAAGUGAGGGAAGUUAAUGAUUACUUUAACGUGUUUGUCAAACAAGUAGCGCUGUGGCGUUGUGUCCUUUUCAUGAGACUAUUUAAUCAUAAAAGUUGGAGGGAAUUUUAACAGUAAAUAAAAAUGUUGCUUUUCAUCCGACAAUCCAAACGUCCUUCACAAUAAUGCACAGAUAGUUUAGGAAAAGAAUCAUGUUUAGAUUGUAGUUUACAAAGAGUGAGGAAACUACUGAAGGUUUAAAAUGUGUAGCUGCAGAAAACACUGUAAAUUACUGGGUGUUUUGGUAAAUUUCUGAGAAUCAGACCGGCUCAGUGACUUUUGAUGCUGUGUUCAGCCAUACGACAGGAGAGUAAGCUCUUAAUUAAAUGAGGUUUUCUUGGACAGGGUUGAUUUUGAAUAUAAACAAGUGAAACUUUGUGGUAUUUUCUGUGCAGGACUUCGGUGAAGUUGUAAUAUUUUUGAUACAAAGGAGGUUUUACUGACUCAUCGUUUCCACUGUAGCCUACAAGUUGUUGACCAAAUGAAUUGUAAAAUAAUGUUCUAAAAGAUGUAGAACCAAAUAUUUAAUAUUUUAACACUUGAAUGGAAAUGAAGGAUAAUUUUGUUGAUUAUGAAGGUUUGUAACAUACAGUAGAAAUACAUCGUACAAUUGAAACAUGGCAGCCUUCUAGUAAUAUUUGGUUUCUCUUCUAUCAACAUCUGAAGUCUUACAUGUGAUCUGAAUUUGAAAAUCAUUCAGGUUCAGAACCUAAAGCGAGUUAAACAGGACAUUUUCUUUAUUCUGUUUAAUACAAAACACAGUCAGCAGAAUGGAGUUAUUUGUAAUUACACCUACAUGAGGUUGAUUCACUCGUUUUUGUGGCUGCAACUUGUUUGUAAUAAGAGAGCGUAAUGGAACAAUGUCAUUCAUUGUAACUGCCAAAUACACUGGUGAUUAGAGGGCUUUAUUUUUCCUGCUGUGGUAAAACUGACAUUUCAUUAAUAAAUAGUGUCUUUUUUUUCA